AUGGCGGCCGCGGCCGCAGGGGUGGCGCCGGUCCGCGCCCGGUUUCUCGCCUCCAAGGAGCAGUUCCAUGCCUACCUGCGGGCUGGGGGUCAGCCUGGCGGCCACGUGGGUGGUGGGGGUGAGGAGGAGGAGGUCGAGGUCAAGGAGAAGAAGGAGGAGGUCAGCAGCUGCCAGAGUGAGCCCCCCGCCAAACGGGUGAGGUUGGAGGACCUCGGUCAGGAUGGGGAAAGCCAAGAGGAUGCUGGAGCAGAGAAGGAGCCUGCGGAGCGGAAGCGAGCCCGGGGGCAGAACAAGAACAGGCCGUGUAUGAAACCCAACCACUACGAGCAAAGCAGGCUGUGCCCGUCGGUAUCUCAGGGGUGUGCAGAGAAGUGCUACUUCGGCCCGCGGUGCCGCUUCCUUCACGAUAUCGGCAAGUACAUGGCUGCAAAGCCAGCUGACCUGGGCCGCAGCUGCGUGCUCUUUGAAACCUUUGGCAAGUGCAUUUACGGCGUCACCUGCCGCUUUGCCCAGGCCCACCUUGGGGACGGCUACCAGAACAUCAUCAAUGCAGACCUGGCCAAGCAGUGGGAAGGGAAGUCGCUGGUGAGGAACAACCUUUCCAAGGACCUCCAGCAUCAGCUGCGCAAGAGGAAGUUUAGCUUCAAGAAGGCUGACGAGUACCUCUGUGCUCUGGCCAAGACCCACGGUGAUGGUGGGAAGGGAGGCAAAGCCACGGGGCGCUCUAAAGAGGAGCAAGAGGUGUCCAACUGCACAACACCCCAGGAGGGUCUGGGAGACAGCCCUGAAUGUCCUGUCCUACCUGAGCAGGAAGAAUAUCCCAAAACAGACGCCUUGCAGAGUCCCGGCCUCACAGGUGGUGAGGAGGCUUCCUCCAUCAAAACAGUGGGCCCAGUGACAGACGAAGACAUUAUAAAGCUGCGGUCAUGUGAGAAGAAGAAGCUGGAAAUCCAAGGCAAGCUCUACUUGGCUCCACUGACCACGUGUGGUAACCUCCCUUUCCGAAGGAUAUGCAAACGCUUCGGGGCAGAUGUCACCUGUGGGGAGAUGGCUGUGUGCACAAACCUGCUUCAGGGCCAGUCCUCCGAGUGGGCUCUCCUUAAACGGCAUCAUACUGAAGAUAUUUUUGGGGUGCAGCUGGAAGGAGCGUUUCCAGACACAAUGACCAAAUGUGCUGAGCUCCUGAACCAGACAAUUGAAGUGGACUUUGUAGACAUCAAUGUUGGGUGUCCCAUUGACCUGGUCUACAAGAAGGGAGGAGGCUGUGCUCUGAUGACUCGAUCCAACAAGUUUGAACAGAUUGUCCGAGGGAUGAACUCGGUGCUGGAUGUCCCACUGACUGUGAAGAUACGGACGGGGGUGCAAGAAAAGAUUAAUGUGGCUCAUAAAAUAAUCCCCAAGAUCCGGGAGUGGGGAGCAUCCAUGGUCACGCUUCAUGGCCGAUCCAGGGAACAGCGGUACACAAGGGGUGCUGACUGGGACUACAUAGCAGAAUGUGCUAAAAUAGCAAGCCCCAUGCCUCUUUUUGGAAAUGGUGAUAUUUUGUCUUACGAAGAUGCUAAUCGAGCCAUGCAGAUGGGCGUUUCGGGAAUUAUGAUUGCAAGAGGGGCACUCAUCAAACCGUGGCUUUUCACUGAAAUCAAGGAACAGAGACACUGGGAUAUCUCCUCCAGCGAGAGAUUUGAUAUCCUCAAAGACUUCACCAACUAUGGCCUUGAGCACUGGGGGUCAGAUACUCAGGGAGUGGAGAAGACCAGGAAGUUCCUGCUGGAAUGGCUCUCAUUCCUGUGCAGGUAUAUUCCAGUUGGCUUAUUAGAACAUCUACCUCAGAAAAUUAACGAGCGGCCGCCUUACUACAUGGGGAGAGACUAUCUGGAGACGCUGAUGGCAAGUCAAAACGUGGACGAUUGGAUUAAAAUAAGUGAGCUGCUUCUGGGACCUGUACCUACCAGCUUCACCUUCCUGCCUAAACACAAGGCAAAUUCCUACAGAUAGGGCUGAUGAGGCCCUUUCCCAUGGCACCAAGGCAAGAGGAGGCAUU